AACUAGACUCACUCCUCACUGAGCUAUACAAAUAACAGAAAAAGCAAGAAAAGCUUCUGGGCAGCAACGACAUCUGAAGAAGCUCAAAUUCUACCAAAAAUGCCAAUCAGCAGAAUUGCAGUUGGAAAUCCAGGGGAAGCUAGCCAACCUGAUGCUCUCAGGGCGGCAUUAGCAGAAUUUUUUUCUAUGAUCAUAUUCGUAUUCGCUGGUGAAGGAUCCGGCAUGGCUUUUAACAAGCUAACCGAUGGUGGGUCAACAACACCGUCAGGCCUAGUAGCUGCAUCUCUGUCUCAUGCAUUUGCACUUUUUGUGGCUGUUUCGGUUGGUGCAAAUAUUUCUGGUGGCCAUGUAAAUCCUGCUGUCACUUUUGGUGCAUUUAUUGGAGGACACAUUACUCUUUUAAGAGGGAUUUUGUAUUGGAUUGCUCAGUUGCUCGGAUCUGUUGUUGCUUGCUUGCUCCUUAAAUUCUCCACUGGUGGAUUGGAAACAUCAGCAUUUGCCUUAUCAUCAGGGGUAUCUUCAUGGAAUGCAGUUGUGUUUGAGAUAGUGAUGACAUUUGGCCUAGUGUACACUGUGUAUGCCACAGCAGUAGAUCCAAAGAAAGGGAACAUUGGAAUCAUUGCACCAAUUGCAAUUGGCUUCAUUGUUGGUGCCAACAUUUUAGCUGGUGGAGCUUUUGAUGGUGCAUCAAUGAACCCAGCAGUCUCCUUUGGCCCUGCUGUAGUAAGCUGGACAUGGACUAAUCACUGGGUCUACUGGGUUGGUCCAUUGAUUGGUUCUGCCAUUGCUGCCAUUGUAUAUGAUAACAUUUUCAUCGGUUAUGGUGCACAUGAGCCACUACCCGUCAAUGAUUUUUAAGAUUAUAACUUUUCUCCUCCGCUUUUCUUCUUUUUUUCUAAAGAUUGAGGGGUAAUAAAGUUUGUGGUGGUUUUCUUUAUUUUGCUCUUUGUAGUUUGGUUGUGUUGGGUGUUGGAUGUUGUUUUCCACCUAGUUUAAAGUGGUCUGUAGUUGUCUAUUACUUGUUCAAUCAAUGAAGCUGUUUUGUCCAAA